AUGCUUGUGGAAGAGGUUCCGAAGUCAACUAAUGCAAAGAGUUCGACCAUCUACUUUACGUCAUCCAUAAAUUUAUCCGCUCGUCUGAGCCAUUUUAGAAAUGGUGGAGAUGAUGAAGAGGCAACUGCAAAUAAAAAGGGUAGAGCUAAAGUGAAUUAUAAUGUUAAUCAAUUAAUGAAUGCUCAAACUCAACUGAAUGGAAGUCAACCUACAGACGGACCAUUGAAAUCUGCCCAGCAAAUCCAAUUAGAAAGAAUCGUAUCGAAAAGAUUGAAUGAUCUCAACAAAGAAUCAAAUUCAUUCGAGAUACCAAAGAAUUUUAGUUAUAAUCCUAUAAAUUCAACUGCUGAUCAUAAUAAAAAAUCAAGAUUGGGAAAUACUCCUUCUACGAAAAAGAUAUUAUCAGCCCGUCGUAAUCUUAAUCUGUAUUUUGAAGAGGAAAGAAAUUUAAUGUCCAUAAACACGGUCUUAAGUUUGAAUUAUCAAUUUGUGGAUUUCUCAGAGGUGGAAACUAUAAGACAUAAAAUGAGAAAAACGGAAAGAAAUAGAACUUUUAGACCAAGGGUAAGGCUCUGUUGUAUAUGUGGAACCAAUUCAAAUUACAGUAGAUGUCAUCUUUGUGGUUUAUUUUAUUGCAGUGUUAGAUGUAAUAAAUAUCAUCAAGAACUGAGAUGUAAAUAA